AGGCAGAGCCGCUACCUCCGCGGCGGCAGGCGGUUGCCCUGGCGAAGCAGACGCCACGCAGCAGCCUCCACUCAGCACCCUGCGCGCCAACAAAAUGGCGGCGGGCGGCGGCGACGGGAUACGGCGGGGCGGGAGGCUAGCCGGGAUGCCGAGAUUGCCCGGCGCCCUCCUGCCUUCCGCGGGGACCAGCGUGGUGAGCGGCGACUUGCUGGCCAAGGAGGCGGAGUACAAGCGAUUGAAUGAAGAAUUAGAAGCAAAAACAGAAGACCUGGUGCGUCAGGCUGAAGAAGUAAUGAAAGGCCAACAGGGACUAUUAUCUAGACCAGUUUCAGUACAGACUAAGUCACAUGAAGACAACAGAGAGCGAGAUCCACUCUGUCCUGAAGUUUUGUCUCUUAGACACUCACAUGCCAAGCUAGCAAACAAGAAGAAAUGUGGUUCCAUGCCCAUGACUGAAAACAGACCAUACUCUGGAAGUAAGGGAAAAAGAACAACCUCAAGUUCAAAAAUAAGAAACUUGGAAGUACAAAGUGCUGACAGUGUUUCGGUCCUGGAGGAUUGCAUGGAUUUUUCUUUAGCAAGAGCAAUACAGAAAACUGAAGAAAAACUGAGGAAAGGAGGCUUACCAGAUUGUCUGGAUGAAGACGUUCCAUGUGUUGGAAGUGAAGUUGAAACAGAAACUCAAAUCAGAUUUCUGAAGGCAAAGUUACGUGUUAUGCAGGAAGAGCUGGAUAGUGUAGUGUGUGAAUACAGGAAAAAGGAUGAUGAAAAUAAAAAGUUAAAGUCUCGGCUGAAAGAUACUGAGGAAGAAAACGCCAGACUGCAGCGAACCAUCAGUAUGCAGCAUGCUCAGACUGAAAAGUACAAAAUUUUGUCACAAGAAGCUAACAAAAAAGGUGAAGGGUUAAAACAAGAGGUCUUUGCACUAGAAAAGGAAGUGGAGAAUCUAAAGCGUGCACAAAAGCAGGCCACAACCUGUCAGAAUGCAACAGAGGUUCGCUUAAACAGGGCUCUGGAAGAAGUGGAAAGGUAUAAAGUGGAGCUGAAUAAACUGAAGCAAAGUAACAAGGACAUGGCUAACCAAGAACAGAAAAUAAUUGAAGAACUGAAAACAGAAAACAAGAAGCUACAGAAACAAAAAGAAGAGCUAAUGGCAGGUUUUAAAAAGCAGCUAAAGUUAAUUGAUAUUUUAAAGAGACAAAAGAUGCAUAUUGAAGCUGCUAAGAUGCUGUCUUUUACUGAAGAGGAAUUCAUGACAGCUCUUGAGUGGGGAAAUCACUGCUAAAAAACCCCACUUCUGCUUGAAAUGCAAGUCAGAUGGUACAUUAGUUUGGCAUUGCGUAUGAAUGCCUUGUUAACAGUUAAUAGCUGUAUAUCCCAGUGAACUGAUUUUCUUGAUUUUGCUUAUGUUCAAAUUGUUUCACUUUUUUAAGCCUGAUGAUUAGUGUUGUAUUAUCACAUGCAAUAAAAAUUCCUGUUG